AUGGCAGAACCAACCCUUCUAGGCCUCCCAAAAGAACUCCGCGAACAAAUCUACCUCCUCACACUCCCUCCACAACAUCCAACUAACGCCAAAAGACCCUAUCCCCGCGAACCACCCCUCCUCCAAGUCUCCCACUUCCUCCGGCAGGAAACCCUCCCCCUCUUCUACGCCAACACUCCCCUCUCCACGCACACAACCAUCGACCGCACCUCCUACAACAAACCUGUCCUCCGCUAUUACCCCUGGUGGCACCACUUCCCCCCAACCCGCUUCCAACACAUCAAACAGUUCGAUCUACAAUUCGACUUCCUCGAGAGGUAUUUCGGCGAACCCGUGACCAUUACCUUCACCAUCAAAUUGAUGAGGGGUGUGCAUUUUGAGAUUGAGCAUCGCUUCAAGGAGGGGUGGUGGAGGGAUCCGAAUCGGAGGGGAGAUCCGAAGGAUUGUGAGGAGGUAAUCGAGGUAUUGAAGGGGCAUUUUGGGAGCGUGUUGACGGGGUUAUUGCAGCCUGGGGGAGCUGUGAAAUUAUCUGCUGAUGAUUUGGAUCGGUUGCUGGAAGUAGACACUGAUACGCUACCAUGA